UCAAAAUCUGCUAUCGCAUCAAUAUAUUCAGGAAAGGAAGUGCAGCCUUGCUUGCACAACAGUUUCAGUUGAACUGUGACAACCGCUCAAACAACAUAUCCUCGGCAUGGACAAGAUGACCCCUUCAGAGGCACCUGAGAAAGUGGACACUGGAUUGACAGUGGCGUGUGUUUUCCUGGGUCUUUCCUUUCUGGUCGGAGUACCAGGGAAUCUGCUGGUCAUCUGGACUAUCCUGAAACAUGUCAAGCAGCGCUUUCACUCUGUGGUACUCAUCCUGCACCUAGCUGUGGCAGACAUCAUGGUCCUCAUCACCCUGCCGGUGUGGAUCUACUCCCUGGUGAACACCUUUGUGUUUGGAUUGGUGAUCUGCAAGGUCUUGAUGUGUGUUAUCACUGUCUGUAUGUAUAGCAGCAUCUUCUUCAUCACCCUUAUGAGCAUGGAGCGCUAUUUAGCCAUCUGUCAUCCCUUUCUGAUGAUGCGCUGGAGGACUGAAAAGACUAUGAAUAUAUGUAUUGCAUUUUUGUGGCUUUUUGCACUUCUCCUUGGAUUGCCUGAUGUUUUAACCCAGACCUUUUACGACGGUGACAACAAUGAGCAGUGCUUUCACAUGGAAUUUAAAAGCAACACUACAGAAAUCAUCCUCCUAUGCCUGAAGACUGUACUAGGCUUUGUGUUGCCUUUCAUCACGCUUAGCAUCUGUUACUGUCAUGUUACUGUGAAGCUCAAGAAAAUGAAUUUCAAGUCAAAACAGAAAUCCAAAGUACUAAUUCACACCAUAGUGCUUGUUUUCUUCUUGUGCUGGUUGCCUUACCACGUCAUUAAUAUAAUUGAUGUUGUAUGCCUUUUAAGGUCUGACCAAGAGUCCGAAUGUGUCCCAGAAAGUUUAGUCUUUAGCUCUGGAGCCCUGGUUUUUAUCAGUAACUCAGUGAAUCCUGUAUUAUACGCCUUCUUCGCCAGGAAAUUCAGAGGCAGUCUUGGAGAGUCUCGUCUGGUUAAGCUGUUUCAGGAACUUGCAUCAAACUCACACAGACUCAGGGAGCUCGCAGUUCAAAAGCAAAGGAACCAGGAGUCAGCAGAGAAAGGGGUAAUGUCUACCUCUCUGCAUUAAGAAAUGAGGAAAAAAUACUGACAUUUUGGAAGAGCUGGGCUAAAAGACAUGACUGUCUCCUUUAAAACCAAAUUUGAACUGAGAUGUUUGAAAUCAGUAAUUCUCUUUACUUCCACAUGGCUGUGCUCUUGCUUUAAUACAGAAUCAACCAAACUCACCACUAAUGUUGAAAAUGCUGGCAAGAACUUGAGGUUGUUGCUUAAUUUGGUAAAUGUCCAAAGUUAACACCAUUUUCUGUUACAUGUAUUUUCUUAUAUACUAGUAUAAGACCUUUUAAAGAUUUGUAUAACUUUUGUAGCAUAUUGAGAGAUAUGUCUCCAAUUUUGAAAAUAGAAAAUGUCUUUAAUGUAUCUUUUUUUAUUCUGUUUUUCCAAUGUGGUUCUUAUUUCAAUCAAAAAGUGUCUAUUUUUUGCCUUUCACAAUGUGCACUUUACACAAAGUAGGACUUCAUACAAUAAAAGGUUUUAACAAGCGCAGUGAAUAAAACAUCAUCAAAAACCAUCAACCAUGAAUCCUAGUUGUGUA